AUGACAAAUCUAACUGAAGUUAAAAUGAUCAAAUUCACACUAACGAUUUUUAUUGUAGCCGCAUUUUUGAUUGCGGACUGUUACUCAGAUCCAGUGAUAAAAAUGCUUCGUCAAGAAAACUACCAGGCUGAAAAACAUGCUGUAAAAACUAAAGAUGGUUAUAUAUUAACUAUGCAUCGAAUUCCAAAUCCAAAUCGUCCACCCAUCCUUCUAAUGCAUGGCCUUGCGGACAGUACAAAGGGAUAUUUACGAUAUAGCUCUAAAUCAUCAACGGCAUUGGAACUUUUCGAACUUGGUUAUGACAUUUGGAUGGUAAAUGCCAGAGCCAAUAUAUACUCACGGCAACAUAUCCACUUGAAUGCAAGCGAUCCACAGUUUUGGGAUUUCACUUGGCACGAAAUUGGUGUGUACGACAUACCAGCAACCAUUGAUUACAUUCUAGAGCACACAAAUCACACGAAACUAGCAUUCAUUGGCACGUCACAAGGUACUACCGCUAUCUUGGUGACACUUUCCGAAUUGCCAGAAUACAACGAGAAAUUAAGUGUUGCCAAUUUGAUGGCGCCGGCGAUCAUUUUUAAACAUAUGCACGCCGCAUUUCCCAAAUCCAUUAAGCUGGUGAAUAUGUUGGGUGAAUGGCUUCAAUUGGGCGGUUUAAAUGAUUUAGUACCACAUUCGUUAGCCAGUUCGAUUCAAGUGAUCGCUCCCUUCUGCAUGAUGCCCAUCGGUAGUGAAUUGUGUAAAAAUGUUGUAUUUACAUAUUGCGGACCUUCGAUUCAAUAUUAUGAUGGAAUGAUAUUGAGCAUGUCGCAUUAUCCAGCCGGUUCAAGCUACAAGCAAUUCGUUCAUUUUGGCCAGCUCAUGGCUACAGGAAAAUUCCAUAAAUUUGAUUACGAAGAUGAGGCGAAGAAUAUGGAAAUGUACGGCAGUCAACUGCCACCUGAAUAUGAUUUAUCGAAAAUCACAACGAAAAUCCACAUGUUGUAUGGAUCCAACGAUUUUUUGGCACCGCUCGAGAAUAUUCCGUUGAUAGUGGAAAAACUGACAUCGAGCAUUGUCACACUGAGCAAAUUUCCUGGAUACAAUCACAUGGAUUUUACCUACGGCCGAAAUUUGAAACAAGUUAACAAAAAAUUAU